UGUGGUAAAGGACGGGGUUUGAGACAGGGGUGGGCACAUUUCAUGCAUGCACUAUAAGAAGACAGAGGCAUUUAGUGUUAGGCAGGACACAAGGCUUUUCUCUCAGGAUAUUUUGUGAAAUACUCAAUGUGAACAGCGAUUCAUCAGGAACAACAGCAAAAAGAAAGAACCAUGAGGUUUCAAGUUCUGUUUGUUCUCCUUCUCUUUACCUGCUUGUACCUGAGUGUGGCACAAGGCUCAUUUGGCAACUGCUGCCUCCGCUACGUUAAGACCAUGAAAACAAGUGUAAAGAAAAACAUUGUCGAAUACAGGAUGCAGGAAACAGAUGGUGACUGCAACAUGAGAGCUGUUGUGUUUACAACAAAGAGAAAAAAGGCAAUUUGUGCCAAUCCUGAAGACAAGUGGGUCAAGGACCAGAUGAAGAUCGUGGAUAGGAGGAACCAAAGGACCAGCACGACUCCUUCUACGAUUUAAAAGAAGAGAUGAGUGGGAGUGAGGAGCAUGGCUGUCAGAUGUCAUCUAUCACUUACAACCACAUGGUCUGAUUAUGCGCCUACAGAAUGCACAGGCAUUUCCUGUUGUUGACAGAAUGUAAAUCAUGUACUCUUUUUACUAUAAUGUAUCCUGUAUUAUUCCCACUAUAGUAAACAUUAUGUAAAUGAGCCAUCACUAUGAUACUGUUACCUGCUAUUAGAGCCUGCUAGGAAUGAGCCACUAUUCGGCAGCUUUGAAAUGUAUUUGCAGAGUGUGUGCAUGCAUUUGUGCAUGUGCACCCUUGUGCAUGUGAUCUGUAACUACUUUGGGGGUGAGAUUCUUUUAAGCAACAGAUUUCCAUAUUUUUGUAUUAGCACUGUAAUGUGUCUUCAAAUAUCAAAUAAAGAGUUAACACAAACCGCA